UUUUUUUCUCUCCCCAGUCAGAAAGGACACCUACAAAAGGCUCAUCUCUUUAUAGUGAAACUUAUAAAGAACCAUUGGAGCCUCUUAUAACUUAGAAAUCAAACAUAUUUUGUACUGGAGCAAAAUACUGAAGAUAUUGGAGGAGACAACUACCAAGCUUAAUCACCAGCUGUGGAAUCUGAGAAUACCCAUCUUAUAUUUCCACAUGCUUAGGACCCAACAUAAACAAAUAUUACUGGCUAUUGCCUUAAAGAAUGUGUCUAUAUUUAGGCUGGAUGGGGCUCUGAGCAACCUGACUGAGCUGCAUAUGUUCAUUGCAGGGAAGUUGGACUUGAUGACCUUUAACAUUUCCUUCCAACUGAAAUGAUUCUAUGAUUCUCUGAGCAGAGGCAAUAUUGCAUUUACUUGCUGUAUAGCAAAAAGCCUUUCUUACCUUCUUCUUGUGGAAACCCGAAUGAAAUAGAAUAACUGCCCCAAACUGCAGUAAAGAGAGUGAGUCUCACACAGGGGAAGGACAAACAAGUUCUACUAUUCUUGAAAUGUCUGGCACAAGCAGAGAGACCUGUAUAUCCCAAUGACAUCUAUUGAAAUGCUCUUAUGCUUUUACAUAGUCAGAGUCAAUAUGCAGCCUGUCUUUUAAGGAUUUCACAUCCUUAAAGGAACCUCGGAAGAGGAGCUGGACCAUGUGGGAUUGUAUAUGCUGAAUUGCUCUGCCUGCCUAGCAGGUCCAGUGGGGAUGUCACAGGGAGCUCGUAUUCAUCAGGGCUACAUUUUUCACUUUCUGCAAAGCCCCACUAGGGUUGCCAACAAAAUUGAAGUGUGAGGGCACAGAAAAAUACUAAUAGUGUGUCACAGCCCUCAUACAGUGCCUCUUCGCAUUACGCAGAAAGUGACUAAGGGCUUGAUGAUCUUAAAGGUAUUUUCCAACCUGAGAGAUUCUAUGAAUCUAUGAUUCUAAGGACAGUAAGAACUUGCUGGGUAUAGUGAAUAUUAUUCUGUACUGAGAAGAUGUAUGGGUGGCUUACAGAUUUUGGAAAUUAUGUACUCUUUUCACCCAUCCAGUAGCAGCACUUAGGAAAAAAAAAAAGAGAGAGAGAAAAGAAUUUUCUACCAUUCCUCCUCUUAAAUGAAGCAAACUAAAAAAUCCAAUGCGCUUCUGAACACAGUGCAAGUAAAGGAUUUAAAGCUCAGAAAGCUUUGAUUUUUUAGUAGCGGCAACCCUUUUUUCCCCUAUCUUUUUACAAGAAAAUUACCCGGAAACUUUGAACCUAAAGCAUUAAACCGAAAAAGGAAGGGAUGAUGACACUCAAGUAGAGGAAAUUCCUGUAAAGGAAACAGAGUCUCAACAGCGUUCAGCUAAACCUUACCACAAUUCGUACCACGUAGUGUAAGAUGUGCAGAAAGCAAGAUGGUUCCUAAAGAAAAUAUCUCAGAAUACCAACCAAAAUUAAUAAAGAAGAUGAUGCUCACUUUUUACUGGAUUCUAGCGCUGUUUGGAACAGAAGUUAGAGGGAUUAAUUUGCCAGGGUGUUCCCAUGUAAAGCCUCAAGUACGGUAUCGUGCAAUUAGCGAUGAAGAGUUUGUUUUACAAUGCGCUUUGCCACAUAAAGAUGCUACCAACAUUUAUGACAACUCAGCUCUAAAGCAACAUGAGGUGAAAUGGUUCUGGUGUCAGAAAGACAAAGGACAUCUUAAAGCUGUCAAGGAAAGCUCUAACAUUACUCUGCAAGGGGAUGCACUUUGGUUUAAACCAGUAAGAGAGAAUGCUUCUGGAAUCUACAUCUGUAUGAUACAUGAAAAAAUCCCGUGUCUCAAAAUUGUUCUGGAGGUUCAAACAAAGGCAGAGGCAAAAUGUGCAGGCUAUGGUACAAACCCACUGUAUCUUCUUGCUGGCAAUGGGAAUUCGAUAGCUUGUCCUGGGACAAAAUGCUACAGACAUAUAGACAAAGUCGAUGUAAGAUGGUACAAGGAUGGCCAUCAGAUAGAAUACAGGAAGACCAGGAAAAGCCUAAAGUUUGUAGAUAAUGAAAUCUACUUGAAAACAACUUAUGUUCAAGACUCUGGAAUAUAUGUAUGUGAUUACACCAUAUUUGACAACACUACUCAAUGGACAAUGAGAACAGCAGUUACAGUAGAAGUCAUUGCAAAAAACACUAUCCAUCCACCAAACAUCUUGCAUCCCAGUGGUGUGGCGAUUCUUGAAGCAGAACUUGGAAAGCCCCUUGAACUGGAAUGCCGUGUACAGUUUGGGUUUGAAAGGGGUACUCAGAAGAGAGUAAUAUGGAAAAGAGACAGUGAAAAUAUAAAUGAGAAAUUGAACCAGGAAACAAGUGUUUGUCCAAGAUGUUUAAAGGGACAUGUACUUCGUCAUGUUGCUAAACUGGAAGAAGUUACUGAGAAGGACCUAAGAAGUAACUUCAUCUGCUUUGCUCAAAAUUCUGUGGGGAAUGCUACCGCUGUGAUCCAACUGAAAAAAAAACAGAGAGUGUUUUUCUUGUACAUACUGUGCAGUGCCAUUUCUAUUCUCUUUGCAUUGCUUUUGUGCACUGCCUUUAUUUACCAGCACUGGAUUGAAAUAGUGCUGAUGUACCGAAGCUAUGUGGUCCGCAACGAAACUACAGAAGAUGGCAAAGAAUUUGAUGCCUUUGUGUCCUAUGCAAAAACAAACUAUUCUGAAAGUGACUCUGCUUUUAUUAGCGAGGAAAAAUUUGCCCUGGAGAUCCUUCCAGACAUGCUUGAAAACAAAUACGGAUACAAGUUAUGCAUUCUUGAAAGAGAUAUUCUUCCAGGAGGAGCAUACACAGAUGAAGUUGUUACAGCUAUUAAACAAAGUAGAAGAACAAUCAUUAUUCUGAGCCCAGCCUAUGUCAGCGGACCAAACAUCUUUGAACUGCAAGCAGCAGUGAACUGUGCACUGGAAGACAAAAAGAUCAAAUUGGUUUUAAUAAAGUUCCAGGCUUUCCAAGAGCCAGAGACCUUGCCUCCAGUAGUUAAGAAGGCUCUUCGGAUUUUACCAGUCAUUACCUGGAAGCCUUCUAUUUCUACUGCUCCAAACAAGAAGUUCUGGAAAUACAUGCACUACCACAUGCCCGUCAAUACCACUAAGGUGUUGGGAAAUUGCAGCCUAAAGGACUUUUUCCAAAGGUUAUUCAGCCUAGUACAUCGAUAGCAUAAAUUUCACAGAGGAAUGACUGCUAUCUCAGGAGUUAAUGGAUUUAAACACCUUUUUUUUUUUUUACAUCAGCAGACUACUCUGGACUGUCACUUGAGCCAGCAAUAGCUCAAUCUAGAACUCUUGAGAAGAGCUGCAGUGUAAACAUGCACACAGCAAAACCAUGUGGUACUUCACACACGUGUAUAUGUAAGCUAUCUUUAGUAAAUUAUUAUUAGGAUAUUUAUUAUGUUGUUUUGCAGUGAUGUUGAGACAUGUGAAUGUUCUUCUCUUUGCAUUGUUUUUCUGUUGAAGCAUUUUUAUACUUUUUUUUUUUUU